GCUCUCUCUUGCCAUGGAUAUGGGAACUUCAUUAUUGCGCCUUGCUCCCAGCGGUUGCAAAAACCUAUUGAACACCAAGUAUCUUCACAGAGCUCAUAUCCUCAGAUUGAGCUGCGCACUCAAUCCUGCACGUCAGGCUCCGCUGUGAUGGUAUGCCCGCAGCAGCAAAGACCCCCAGUGGAUUCCUCUGAGGGGAGGGACAUGGACCGAAGGCCCCAUCUGGUGGACCCCGGCUUAGUUAACGGGGCCUUCAAGGGCCUUGCCUACACCUAUCCUUGCAACAAUGGAUUUUGGUAUCAAAAGACGGCACAAGAAAACGAUGCCGAGGCUCUAACCGGCCGAACCAGAUCACGUCGGAAGCAAUGCGUCCUCCAAGAAUUCACGUAUAUCGAAGGCACUGCAACUGCUGCUCCUUUACCUGAUUUCUGUCAGCGCUCGAGUCUGCGCCAAUCUGAUCGAGUGGCUGGGUCCAAGUUCUCCGACUGCUGGUAUGCGGAUACACUGCAUGUGCACCUCCAUUUUACCGGUCCUAUAGCGAGGCGCUGCGCAUGGCUGGUCCUGACCCCAGCCCUUUCGGCACGCUCUAUUGCCUCAACGACGAAGCAUCUGCAAAAAGAGAGCUGGCAUAUCACAGUUGGUGGCAAUGCCGCCUGUUCUGAUAUGGCGUGCACUAGCAUGUACGGCGCCCGCAUCUCUGAGGCGCGCCAGAUGUUUGAAGGCACACUCACUACUCUACUGAACCCCAAACGAGUGAUCUCCAAGUGUACUAUCACACGGAGAGCCUGA